CACACACACACACACACAUAUACACACACAGCGCUCGACAACUGGCAGGAAAAAAAAAAAGAAAAAGCUCAGACAUGGAUGACCCACUCACAAAAUGGCUCCACUUACACAGUAACAUCAACAACACGGCUGGAUCGGAGUAGAAGACUCAAGCGGGUGAAAAUGAUGGAAAAACGGAAGCCGGAGCUACGUCCUGGUCCUGGAAGUCCCGAUGCAGAGUCCGGUCCUGGAAUGCGGGAGGACCGCUCCAUCAUCUCCAGGCAGAACGGCUGCAAGGAGGACACGAAGCCGAAGAGGGAGGAGAGGGGGGAGGAGGCAAGGGGAGGGUGCUUCAAGAGGAUAGAAGAGACGGAUGACGUUCCGCUGCAGAACUCGAGCAACGGGACCAACAUCAGCAUCAUCAUCAAUGGCGUUGCCAAGGAAACUGCCUCUCACAACGCCCUUGACCUGAAAAGGGAAGUGCCGGUGAUCGAGCUCUCCAGGAGGGACGCUAUAAAAGCGGUGGAGCGCAGGACUGAAAGCCAUUUGGUGCCGAUCACGGAACUUCGCAGACCUCCACCGCUGCCGUUGCCUCCGCCGCACCGAGACGACGCUCGAAUGGUCCAACUGAGUCCAAACGCGUUUCCUGUCCCGGCCCGGGCGAUGCUCUACAACCUGGCGCAGCCUCUCGCCGCCAUCAACAGUCUUGGAGGGGAGUCGGAACAGUACAGCAUGUACCCCAGCAACAGGGUAAAGCGCCGCCCGGCGCCAUAUGAGGUUGAACUCGACGAGGGUAGGCGCAUUUUAGAUCUUUAUAAGUAUGCUGGACAGCCCAAGAUUGUCCGUCGCAUCUUCACCAACAGUCGUGAACGUUGGCGACAGCAGAACGUAAACGGGGCAUUUGCGGAGCUCCGCAAACUCAUCCCCACUCACCCUCCAGACAAGAAGCUGAGUAAGAACGAGAUCCUUCGCCUUGCGAUGAAGUACAUCAGCUUCCUCUCAAACCUCCUUGAAGACCAAGAUGGAGGGAGGAACGUUAGCAGCACAACUGAUGGGGAAAAUGGGCUGCUGGUUGGAUCCCAUGAGGGGGGCCCUCCGAGUGGACCACAUCAGGACACAGUGGUGGGUCUGGCCAGGGAUGACCUUCUGGAAACAAUGUCGCCAGGCUCCAGCUGUGGAAGCCUGCCUGAUGGCGAUGCUGAGGGCAGUCCUGAGAGCUUCAUGGAGGACCAGGACUCACCUCCAGCUCCAAGGACUUUAACAGCUUCUCGUGGGACUGCACUGCAUCUCGGUGCUAGAGAUCUGAGACGCAAUGGACGCCCAUUGGACGGCUCCAGUCGCCGAUGAUGCUGAUGCUGUCCUCCCACUGACACAGCACCUGAGGCUGAAAGAGAACAAUGAGAACGUCUAAAACAGAGAUGGAUAUGCUCAGGACCUGUAAGAUUUGAGUUGUUAGAGUAGGAAGGAGAAUCAAGCACCAAUCUGGUGAGAUAGUGGAGUCCACAAUGGAUCAUGAGUACAUUCCCGUCUCUGCAAUUCAUCUGAGGUAGCACUGAUGAAUAUAGCUUGGUUCGAUUGGUGUUCAAUUGACUUAGAUCCUUGUAAAUUCUGCAUGUCUAAUGUCUUUGACUGAACUGUGGGUUAUAACUGUCCAUGUUUUGAAAGUCCAAAGACCUGAUACUCUACGAAACACACUAUGAAACAAUAAGCAUACGACACAAAAAAACGAACAAAAGACGCGUCACCAAGAUGUAAUAUGACACCACUGAUUAUUUAAGAAUGCGGACAGAAUCGAGCUAACAUGCUAGCAGAGUGCUGCAGGUAAAUAAUAGCAUGGCCCUGAAUAAACCUGGAUUUGUCCCCCCCCCCCCAAAUUGAAUGUGUUAGAACAAUAACACAAAAUAUGUUUGCCUCAGUUGGAGGCUGUAAAUGAAUAGACUAGACUCUUCGCGUAGUUAUUACGUAUGUAUUGUAAAUAGCAUCGUAUUUCCACAGCACAAUGUAAUGACAGUGACUCGAGUUCAAGUCAUGUGGUUAAAGAUGUACCGUAGUGUGUUUGUCAAUGGGUUUACUAGCAAAACUGUCUUUUUGGGACAGGAAAUGAGAAUAAACGAGAGGGAAUGAGAAUAAAAAGCAGCCAAACCUCGUACAUCAAAUGUGGUACCAUUUAAUUAUUUUACACUUUGGUGACAUUUCACUAAAUGCAGCAUUGAGAGCAGGCAUUUGAACAAUGUCACUGCCUGGAAAGACUAGUUAUUAUAUCUAUUUCAAAUUGCUGUGGAGGUACAAGACAUGGAGUGUGUUUCUUAAAGUGUACAAAAUAUGGGUCACAUGAAAUAAUGAGGUGACCCGAACAGUCCUUUUGAUAUGAAUGUCUCUUUCAGUGUGUUUUUUAAAAAAAAAAAAAAAACUGUAUUGCAGUUGUAGUUUAGUAAGGUACACAAACAAAUCCCUUCAUUGCCGCUUUUCACAAAUACGCAUUUAAACAGAGACACGCAGGCAUGCACACACACGCGCACACACACUGUUCAAAUAAUAACACCAGCGGUUUUAUGUCAAAGACAGUCAAGUCUUUCUCGCUGUUGGUGGUUAUUCUGCUUUUUCAGCAGGACUCAGUAGUCUCUAUUGGUACCUUUGGUAACUAUGGUAUUUUAUGGAUUGCAGUAAAGGGACAUUGUACGUUUGGUAAUGACAUAUUUGUUGUAAGAUAGUUGUAUCUAUAAAUAUAUCCAAUGUUCAAAUCAAUGAAUUUUAUACAAAACCACCGAAUAAAACUCACGGAAGACAA